GAGGCCAUCCAGGAAGCGCGCUUUUCAGGGUUGCUGUUUAUCCAUGUCUUUCUAUCGUCUUGCAUGCGGUUGUAUGACUUCAUCGCGCGAGUUGCUACUUAAACUUUGACCUUUGACAACAUUUCUCAAAUUUUUUGAGACAUUCAAAAGUCUCUCGCCAAUGAGUCUUUUUACUAGCCCCCCUCCCGUUGUUAAACGUCUUAUCGGAUACAUCAAAGAAGGAUCUGAUAAGGAAGAAAAAUGGAAAGAAAAGGCGGUGAAGUCCUUAGUAAAGAGACUGAAAAAUGGUAAUCAGUUGGAUGAGCUCGAGCGUGCUCUUGCCAGCCAAGACCCGUCUACGCGAUGUGUUACCAUUCCAAGGUCGCUUGAUGGUCGAUUACAGGUUGCCCAGAAGAAAGGUCUUCCCCACGUAUUCUAUUGCCAACUAUGGCGGUGGCCUGAUCUGCACACUCAACAUGAACUUCGACCAAUUGCCACCUGCGAGUACUCAUUUCACGCUAAACGAGAUGAGGUGUGCAUCAAUCCAUUUCACUAUCGACGCAUCGAAAACCCUGUUCUUCCUCCUAUCAUGGUUCCUCGAGGCGCCAACAAUAGCGGCAAUGGCGCCAUCAGUGGCGGAAGCGGUAUGCGCCCGAGCCUUGGAGACCACAGUGAUCGCUAUUCAACCAGUUCCCGUUUCGGCCAUCAACAUCACGGUCCAAAUUAUUCCUCUGUGCAUCACGCAUACCAAUCCGGCUCUCAUCCGUCCCACGCAAUGCGCAGCCAUCACGGUUCCACUGUGUCUCUGGGUGGGGAGCCGAUGCACAUCAGCGACGAUUCUUCUGGUCAUCAACCCAAUAGCCUGGCAGCACUGCUUGUGCCACCUUCGAAACAACCUCGGCAACACCUGGCCACCGAUGCUGUCACCGCUGCUGCGUUGUCACGAGGCACAAAUGAUGACUUGGGACCUAGUGGAAGGUCAUUGUUGGGUGAAAAUCCUGCUCCCAGUUCUACCGCUUCACAUCCUCCCUGUACGGCAGAGAACGCCACUCUCGGGGGCCCUCCCAGUUUGGUGCACACUCCCUCUCCUGGUGCUGCUUCUCAAGCUCACGGCUAUCCGUUCUUGAUGAUGGGGCGAGGCGGUAGCACCGAUUCUCAGGACUAUUUGGUGCAUCGAAAUUUGAGCAGUUCCAGCGCUAACCACUCGCACGGUGCUACAGCGAACAAUACAAUCGGUUUACGACCCAUCGGAGUGGACGAUUACUCUUCCAGUGUCUCCAACCCUCUUAACCAAGAUGAUCCCAUGAACGACUCCCAGUACAGCGGUCAUGCGGCAAACGAAAUCAGCGGCUCUGGUUAUAUGCAACCGCCCUCUUCUGUCUCCUCUUCUACCACUCCGAAAGCAUCGAGUACUUGUGGGAUCGGACCAUCUGGCAGCCCUCCUGACACUCUCUCAUCUCCGGAGGAGAACUGCAUUAGUGAGGACGAUAAUAUGGAUUUAGGAUUGGACAUGUUCAACGAUGUGCUAAUUGAUGGCACGGAAAUGACUUCUGUGGCCUAUCAAGAGCCCGAAUUCUGGUGCUCCAUUUAUUAUUACGAGAUGAACACACGUGUUGGUGACACCUUCCAUUGUUCCAGUCCGUGUCUCACAGUGGAUGGAUUCACUGACCCGAACCGACACAACCGUUUCUGUCUCGGUCUUUUGUCCAAUGUGAAUCGGGGACGCCAGAUCGAGUUGACUCGCAGACACAUUGGACGAGGAGUCAAACUAUACUACAUCGGUGGUGAAGUUUUUGCAGAAUGCCUCAGUGACAGCGCCAUUUUUGUGCAAUCCCCUAAUUGCAACCACAUGUACAACUGGCAUUUGGCCACAGUGUGCAAAAUCCCACCUGGUUGCAACCUAAAAAUAUUCAACAAUCAAGAAUUCGCAAAUCUCCUAACGGAGAACGUCACACGUGGGUUUGAAGCAGUGUACUCUCUCACCAACAUGUGCACUAUCCGGAUGAGCUUUGUAAAAGGUUGGGGUGCUGAUUACCGACGACAGACCGUUACAAGCACCCCUUGUUGGAUCGAAAUACAUCUCAACGGCCCACUUCAAUGGCUCGACCGAGUACUCAGUCAGAUGGGAUCGCCGGACCAUCCAUGUACAUCCGUGAGCUGAACAGGCCUCCUGAUCUUCACCUACCUCGUUUGCAUCAAUUUCGUCUACUGUCGCGGCUACCCGCGUCAAUAUUCACCCCACUCACCAGCGCAGUCAUCCCUUGAUGUCUUCGUAAUUCCCAUCCACUACUCUGACGACGUCGUCAACAUUGAGGCGGGCACUUUUGUAUGCCCGUACUGUUCACACCCACCUCACCCCUUCCCAAUCGCUCAUGAACCCAUUCGAAGGCAUCCCAUAUUCGGCGCAGAUGUGGUUCUGCACUUCUCAUCCAUCUAUAUAUCUCUCCUCCAUAACUCUUCUCCCUGACCAUUCUGUUCGUUAUCCUUCAUCCAAUUGGCUUGCCUGCAUGCGUCCAUGUACAAUCCAUUAUGGACGUUUCAGCGUGCCAUCGUCUUUCGUCCAACCAGGUUUCUUUUGUGAUGACCCCUUCUCUGCUACCAAACACCACCUUUCACUGUACGUGUGUUUGUCCGCAUUCAUCGCUUUUCACUCGCCUUUGACGUAUUCUACGGAUCACACGCUGUGUGCACUUGUGUACUCUUGUCCACCACAAACUCGGGGAUUUUUCGCUCUUAUCCGCUUCUGACAUUGUGUUUUCACAUCGUAGUCUACUUUCCUUUUGCUCUAUGUCCUGUUCAGGGUUCCUGCUCUGCGGUUUGAUUUUGAUGUCACUGAUUUUAUUUUCUUUCAUUCGAACUGGCGGGAGCUGUGCAUUUCAUCAAAAAUGUCCACGUAUUCGUCUCUUUUUCAGGGAUUGUUUUCUUAACCGUCUUGUUUACUGAAUCCGAUACUCUCUCUCUGGCCUCUUCCUUUCGCGGUCUUUUUUUCUCCGUUUAGCAUGCAAAGCGCCUGCCUGCCUCAUUUUGUUCAGCCAGAACAAUUUUCCCCUCAUUCCGUCACUCCCCGACUGGCCAUUAUUGCAGAGGUGCGCCGCAAUAAACACCAGCUUGUUGCCAUUUGCGAUGCGCUCACCGAUCGGUUUGGCUGUGUUUGUGCACCAUAUUACCUCGACUGCCGACCGACCAAGGGACUUUUUAAUUUUUGUUUAAUUUUUUCGACGAUCUUUAUUCCGACCCAUUUUCUUUGCGUUUUAUCCGCCGUAAUUCUUGCCUGUUUUAUACAUCGAUUUAUGGCACAUUGACACACUUUCUGUUCCCUGUCUGCUGCAUCAACUCGUUAUGCCAUCUUUUUCACUUUGCUCUUCUCUCAUCUUUUCCAUGUUCCUGUUCCGUCUCCACUUUCGAUAACUGAGCAUGAACUCUUUCUUUGGUCACUAGCCAGCGAGUCCUUUUGCCGAAUCGAGCUGAUGGUGUGAAACCAUGUACACGAGUUCAUUCAUUUCGCUCAGGUUUCUACCUGCAUAUUCAAUUAUCUAAUCUGGGACGCCCACGUAGCGGUCUCUUUAUUCCUUUAAAUGUGGUCUCUAUGGUCUCAUUUAAUGCUAUGCUGAUCAUGACACUGUUUUCUCGAUUCAUCUUUCCCCACCAGUAACCGAAUCGGUUCCCAAAUGCGUCGUCUGAGGUCACUGUCUUAAAAACGCAUACUCAUCUCCGAUGCCCAUUGUUCCCCCCUCUUAACUUAUUGGCUUCGAUUUCUUUGAGGUAUGCAUUCAUUUAUUUGUUCGACCAUUUGUGAUUACGAUUCGACACGCGAAACUCAGGCUGCCAUCUGCAUCAGACUAUCUGCGUCAAUCUCCCUCACGUCCCUUCUAGUGGUCACUGUUUGUGCGCAGGGAGGCCAUUCGUUGGUCCUGUUUGAAACUUAGCUAACUUUUACGCUUGCUGACCAUUAUUAUUAGUUCCUUCUCCUUCUCUGUUCUCCUUAUCACCUCUAUUUGUCGGUUAACGCCGCACCCUAUCAUUCGUUCUCCUGCAGAAGUGUAGAAUGUACAUCAUUUUGCUUCGCGUUCUCUGCUUCGUUGUCUCAAUCCUUGCUCGUACGAUUAGCACUCCCCUACAGCAGGUUACUAUCCUCACAACUACAUCUCUUUCUUGUUAUGUGCACCUUAUUCUCAUCCAUGCUCUGAUUGACUUACUCCGAUCUUUUGAACCACCCAUACAUGUACAUAAAACUGGGUCGCCUUCCAUAAUUCCGGCUAAGAUUACCUUGCUUCUUUAUGAGUCCUUAUAGUCGCGGUACUAAAUCUUGAGCUAAGGG